UCUAUCCGAAUUUCGCUUAUAAUUAAUCAUAGAAUAUGCAGUCGUCAUUUGAACCAAAACGCUUUCUAAAUUUAAGGUACCGACUACCGAUAUUACUAGAAAACAAUUACUUCUACUCCUACAUCGAGUCAUCGAGAUAUUAUUACAUGGCAUAAUUCCUAUCAAAUGAUGAUUCUAAAUUCAUUUAUCUAAUCAUGCUUGCAUAUAAAUACUUACUUACCUAAUUAAAGAAUUAACCACAAAAACAUUCCCUCCGUUUCAAUUCGGAUCCUUUGUGGUGUAUGUGAUGAGUAAUAAUUAUUAAAACAUUUCUCGAUUAAUAUUAUUAGAUUUUGGUGGUGAAAUAUACAUUUAAACGUGCACCCAAUUAUGUCUCUUCCAUCCAACAUCUAGUUGACACUUGUCCUAUUAUCUUAAGAUAUUUUCUGUCGACAUUGUGUUCUACAUAUAUAUGGAGGCCAUGUCUUGAGAUCAUACUUUAAACAACCAAACAAUACGAAAGAGCACAAGCUAUUAACAAUGGCAUCCACAUGCACCGCCGCUAAUCUCCUCCUCCUCACGAUGGUGGUGGUUGUGGCCACUGCCGAUUACUAUGCGCCACCAGGCCCACCACCAAUUAUGUACCCUCCACCACAACCUUACGUUCCCAAACCAACUACCACUUACAUGGCCAUUGAAGGUUUCAUCUUGUGCAAAUAUGGCUACAAAACCUACCCCAUCCAAGGGGCCAAGGUUAAGGUUGUGUGUCCUAUGGUGGACUCACACGGAAAGCUAGUGGCUAAGGUUACAAUCUCUAGCUACCCAACGGACUUGAAGGGAUACUUCUACUUCAUCACGUACGGACUCUCCCACAAGGUGAAGAACAUCAGUAGCUGCAAAGUGAAGCUCGAGAGCUCUCCGGUCUACACGUGUAAGACUCCGACCAAUGUCAACAAAGGUGUCACAGGAGCUCCACUCUCUCCCGAAAACUCCAAGUUCCUUAGCCACGACAACUUGACCCUCUACACCCUUGAACCUUUCUAUUUUUCUAGCCCCGUGGCUCCCAAACCCGUUUACUAGGGGAUCACAAUCAAUCAUUAGAUCGCGGUUUAUAUAUGUUUAUUUUCAUUUUUUUAUU